AUGUCACACGUUUUUCACGAGGCAACAAGUAAUCAAAAACAUUCUUCCUCGACGCAAAUGUCGACGAACACUCCUCCUCCCACGGCGACGACUCAGCAACAACCACCACCUACUCCGGCGAUAACGACGGAGGAGUUAACGGUGAAGGCACUGAACAAGAGAUACGAAGGUUUAAUGACCGUAAGAACAAAAGCAGUGAAAGGCAAAGGCGCGUGGUACUGGACACAUCUCGAGCCAACUCUCGUCCGCAACACCGACACUGGUCUCCCUAAAGCCGUGAAACUCCGCUGCUCCCUAUGCGACGCCGUUUUCUCCGCCUCCAACCCUUCUCGCACCGCCUCAGAGCAUCUCAAACGCGGCACGUGUCCCAACUUCAACUCCUCCGCCGUCAACCCUUCUCCUCCUCCUUCCUCCUCCUCUUCCUCUCCCCUCGCUCACCGGAAACGUCUCUCCUCCGGCGCCGUCCCUUCCCGGCUCAACCCUCCUCCUCCUCCUUCUUACCACGUGACGCCGAUAACGGUCGUCGAUCCGGCGAGAUUUUGCGGCGGGGAGUUGCAUUACUCUGCUCCGCCGCCGCCACCGCCGCCGCAUUUGAUGCUUUCCGGCGGGAAAGACGAUUUGGAGCUGCUUGCUAUGGCUAAUGGUGAUGAAAAUUUGCUAAAUGAUGUUCUUGGGGACACAUCUUAG